CGCGAUUUGACAUAUCGCAAGUUCUCGUAUUUACACCGCCGAUUAUUGGGUUCUGGGAUUGUGCUUGUGAUUUGGAUUAAUGAUUUCAUGCAUUUAUUCACUCUACUUCCAAUACGCCUCGUUCAGUUUAUAAUGCAGCCCCCGUAUUCUGGAAUAAUAAUAUAUCCUUACUAAAUCCUUCUUCUAGAUAAGAGAAUCCAAACCGCAGUCUACGAUAUCCGAGAUCACCGCUCAAACCGGACAGCAUUCAAUUCUGAACGAGGGGGCAUCAGCAUCGCUUGGAAGCUUUCGCAAGAAUGUCCAGCGUACAGAAAAUCGAAUUUCAAACGGUCGACGGCAUUACUCUACGGGGUCACCUCUUCCAGGCCGGCAAGCAAGGACCUGCGGUCAUAAUGACCCCUGGGUUCAAUAUGGUCAAAGAAAUCUGCCUCCCAGACAUCGCCGCGGAAUUUCAACGUAAUGGUAUUACCGCGCUCAUUUACGAUCCUCGCAACUACGGUGAAAGCCACGGCUCGCCACGCAAUCAGCUUGACCCACUAAAGCACGCCGAGGACUACUCAGAUGCAUUCACCUUUUUGGCGAAGCAACCUUGCGUCGACAGUACCCAGAUUUAUUUUUGGGGCUGGUCCUACAGCGGCUCAAUAUGCCUAGGUGCUGCAUCACUUGAUGUACGAAUUAGGGGCGCAAUUGUCCUAUGCCCUUGGGUCAAUGACGUCGUGUCGCCAGAUACCGCGCACAAGGCUAUGAAGAAGUUUCUUCGGGAUCGCGAGUCUCAGUUGCAAGGGAACCCUCCAUUUUACAUUCCUAUCGUUGAUUCAACCGGGGCAAACCCUGUCGGCUGGGGACCUGCUCUCGGUCAGGAAAUGUAUCGAUCUGUCGCACGCUACAAGGAGACUAUUGCGCCAAACUUUGAGCCCAAGAUUACCUUGCAGUCAUAUUUUAAGAUGUUGCAGUGGAAUCCGUACUCCAUGCUUCGGUUUUUAGACUCUACCCCGGUCCUCAUGGUAGUUCCUGAGCUGGACCAUGUCUGUCCACCACAAAUACAGCGGGAUGUUUUUGACUCCGUCAUGGCACCGAAAAGGAUCUUCAAUGCUGAAGGCUGUGGUCAUGAAGAUGUUGCAGUUGGAGACAAGUCGGGGCCCUCACUGGAAUGUCAGUUGCAGUUUAUUCGCGAUGUUCAAUUUGGCCGCUUUCCUUGAAGAUGUGUGUAUGGUGCAAUAUUGCUACUUUCUCUACCUGCAAACGCAUUCUCAACUGGG